UCGAUUGGAAUCACCAAAAGGAAUCUAAACAAUUAUGAGGUGGAAUACUUGUGUGACUACAAGGUAGUAAAGGAUAUGGAAUAUUAUCUUGUAAAAUGGAAAGGAUGGCCACAUUCUACAAAUACUUGGGAACCUUUGCAAAAUCUCAAGUGUCCAUUACUGCUUCAGCAAUUCUUUAAUGACAAGCAUAAUUAUUUAUCUCAGGUAAAGAAAAGCAAAGCAAUAAUUCCAAAAGACAAUAACAAAGCUUUGAGACCUGCCAUUGCUCGGUACGUUGUAAAGAAAGCUAAACAAAGGAUAGCUCUGCAGAAGUGGCAAGAUGAACUCAACAGAAGAAAGAAUCAUAAAGGAAUGAUAUUUGUUGAAAAUACUGUUGAUUUAGAGGGCCCCCCUAUAGACUUCUACUAUAUUAAUGAAUACAAACCAGCUCCUGGAAUCAGCUUAGUCAAUGAAGUGACCUUUGGUUGUUCGUGCACAGAUUGCUUCGUUGAGAAAUGUUGUCCUGCUGAAGCUGGAGUUGUCUUUGCUUAUAAUAAGAACCAACAAAUUAAAAUCCCACCUGGUACUCCCAUCUACGAAUGCAAUUCAAGGUGCCUAUGUGGACCUGACUGUCCCAAUAGGAUUGUACAGAAGGGCACACAGUAUUCACUUUGCAUCUUUCGAACUAACAAUGGCUGUGGCUGGGGUGUAAAGACCCUUGUGAAGAUUAAAAGAAUGAGUUUUGUCAUGGAAUACGUUGGAGAGGUAAUCACAAGUGAAGAAGCUGAAAGACGGGGGCAGUUAUAUGACAACAGAGGAAUCACGUAUCUCUUUGAUCUGGACUACGAAUCGGAUGAAUUCACAGUGGAUGCAGCUCGAUAUGGAAAUGUGUCACAUUUUGUAAAUCAUAGUUGUGACCCAAAUCUUCAGGUGUUCAAUGUUUUCAUCGAUAACCUCGAUACUCGUCUUCCCCGAAUAGCAUUGUUUUCUACAAGAACCAUAUAUGCUGGAGAAGAACUAACUUUUGAUUACCAAAUGAAAGGUUCUGGAGAUACAUCUUCAGAGUCUGUUGACCAUAGCCCUGCCAAAAAAAGGGUCAGAACUGUGUGCAGGUGUGGAGCUGUGACGUGUAGAGGUUACCUCGACUGACUGUUAGGGAAGUAGAGCUGAUGGUCAUUGUAGUUCGGUUUUUCCUAAUAUUUACACUUUUUAAAAGUAUUUGGGACUCUUCGUAUUAUCAAGAUUACACUCUGUUAAUUUACAGUUCCUCUUUCAAGACAUCUGCCAAAUAUGUUACUGUUGCUAUAAAGAAGACUCAGUCACAAUGGCUAAUUUGAAACGGACCCACUUGGUAAUUAGAAUCCAGAUAUGGAAGACACUACAGAUCAGCAUGUACCUACCGAAGUCUGUGUAAGCGAAGAGGUGCCCCCCCCUUCUGUGUUUGAAAAGUGUUAGACUAAAAAGUAAAACCUCAAUCAAGGAAAAACUUUCUCUGAUGCUGGGAUUUCUCAUGGCAUCCAAUAUGAAGAUAAAUGCAGCAAAUUAGCUUUUGGUUUCCCUAGUUAAGGUCUUCCUAAGCUCUCUGCUCUAGGUUUUAAUGGUCUACAGUAAGCUUGGGUAAGAUUGAACUGAAUUCAGGAAUGCAGCACUUCAAAUAUCUUUUUAAUUCUUAACCUGUUUUCAGGGAAACUGUAGUUUAUUCAUUAUAUUGCUAUCACUUUGCUCUUUUUAUUUAUUUUUUGGUACCAGGAAUCGAACUUGGGUCCUUGCAUUUGCGAGGCAGGCACUGGAACCACUGAGCUAAAUCUCCAGCCCUCACUUUGCUCUUUUUAAAUAUAGGAUAAAUUAUUUACAUGUUUUGGGCCUUGUGUCUCCUAACCAAAAAUUUCAGGAUGUGUCAAAAAGUAUUUUUUAGUGGCAUUUCUUGUGUUUUCUUUAUGAAAAAUGAGUCAGUGUUGGUGAGAACAUACUAUAUAGGGUUACAGGUUGCCCCCCCCCCAGUGGCCACGUUUACUCAUUACUAUUCUUACAGUUUUAUGAUGUAAUUUUUUAAAGUCACUCUUUUCAUAUCUAGUUACUUGAUCUUCUCUACUGUCUUGGUUUUUAAAAAUGUAAACUUGGAGGCAGGGCACAGAAGGAAAGAUUUUUCAGUAAACCAGUGGUUCUGCCUUGCCCUUAACUGUGAGAAAUUUCAUGGGUCUUUGAAAUUUUAAGUACAUACUAUGUAACUUUAGAAACAAUUUAAAGGAAGCCUGGGACUUCUAAGUAUUAGGAAGUCAACACUGUUUCUUUACUUGUGCUUGCUAAUGAUAUCAAAAUUUGUUCUCAAUAUAAAAAAUUUCAAAGGUAACAAUAACAGCAAAUUUAAAAUGCAGAUCUACUGUACAAGUUGUAAUUCCAGGAUCUAUGUAGGAUUGUGAUACAGAACUAGCACUCAGGAUUUUCCUCCUAUAUGCAAAUUUUAUUUUUAUUUUUGAGUCAGAGUCUCACUGUGUAGCCCAGGCUGUCUUUGAACUCCUAGUGAUCCUCUGGCCUCAGUCUCCUGAGUGUGUGGAUUAUACACAUGUGCCAUAUGCCUGGCCACAUUCACAAAAUUUAAACUACACUUUUUUUUAACUCAACGGUCUCAAGCAAAAUAAAUUUAAUUUGGCAUUUAAUGGUAUUCCACUUGGUAUGACAUAGCUUUGUUUGCUUUUGAAUAUUUUGCCAAGAUUUCCAAAAGGCUGAAGAAAGAUAUUGUAUUCCUGAGUACUGACACAGGUUUUUAUGUAACUCCUUUAAAUGGUACUUUGUUUUUUAGGGUCCAUUCAUUUGAAUAUUAAAAGUACAAUUCAACAGAAUGGAUCCUAUACUGAAAGUUUUUGAACAUUAUUAGUCACCAGGUACUGAAAUGUACUACGGUAGAUUCUGCCUGGAAAUGCAAAGGAAUUUUAGAGUUGAACAGUCAUAUUCAUUGAGGCUCAGGCCCUUUAUCUACAUUCAUGCACUUCUCAUGAAUUUCUAAAGUGGUGCUGUUGUCUCUAUAUUCCAUCCCUAUAUAACAGGCUUAGGCUGGUUAGGGAACAUUAACAAACUCAAGAUUAUCCAGCUGUGCUAGGCCUCAAACUGUACCUGUUUUUAAAAGUAUUUCAUCUUCAAUUUCAGGGAGACUAUAAACUAAGUUAUAAACUAAAAAAUCAGUUUAUAUUUAAACAGACAUUAACAUUUUGAUAAUCUAAGGCAAACAUGGCUUGCCACUGGGAUUCUUAUUAUAUCUUAGGGUUUUGAAACACUUGUUUCUUCAUUUUGUCUGAUUUCAUGAAGUAAAAUGUGAUUGCCACUAUAAGUAAUACUGCUCAUUUUUAUGCUGUUUUUGAGUGGCAUUCUAGCAUUAUGAGCAGACUUUAAAGCCAAGUUGCUUGUGUUCGAAUCCUGGACUUGCCCCUUGCUAGUUAUAUGAACUGACCUGUGUGCCUUAGUCUCCUGUCUACCUCAGUGGGGGUUUAUAAGGGUUAAAGUUUAUAUAGUGUGUAAAAAACUUACAGCUUUAUCACAGAGAAAGCAACAUGCCAGUUAUCACUGUGCUCUAAACUGUACAAGAAUGUUGAUUAUAUUGUGUUGUUCUUUGCCCUUGAAUUCAUUCACCCAGAAUUGUGCCAGAUCCAUACAUAAUGAAAAUAAUGGUAUAAUUAUAAAAUGGUAGUACAGCCACCAGAAUGUUUACAAGCAUUUUUAGAACACCUGCCUUGGGUCAUAAGGUAUACUAUUAAAACUACGUCUUGCCAGGCAUGAUGGGCACACCUGUAAUCUCAGUACUUGGGGGGCCAAGGCAGGAUCACCAAGAGUUCGAGGCCAGCCUGUACUACAUUGCAAGACCCUGUCUCAACUUAAAGAAAUAAAACUAAGUCUUAAGUCUUAGUGAAUGUACACAAAUUUAACAAUAUACUGAGUCUAAUGGGUCCAGUAUUUUUUGGCCUAAUUAAUGUGCAUCAUGGUGAUGGUGCAUAUCAUUGUUUUAAUUUGCAAGUUGUGAUUCCAACUUGUGAAACUCCACAGAAGUUUAAGUGAUGCCUUUGCUUUUGUUUUAAUUUGUGAAAUGUCAGCAUACCAAAAUAUUUAUGAAUAUAUAGGUCCAAAAUUUUAUUAAAUCUUCACAUUUGUGGACUAUGAAGAUGUUGACUUGCAGAACAUAGUAUACUUUAGCCAUUUAAUUUUUAAGCAUUUUUUUAUGUCCUAAUUUUUGUGGUUAUAAUUUUAUCAUUUAAUUCACAAUUUUUAAGUGAUAAAACAGCUUUUGGGAUAUGGUGCUUUUUUUUCCCUAUAGCCAUCAGUUUAUUGGAGUAGGUCCAAAUUUAUUCCAAUUUAAAUGUCUGUAUGAUCCAAGAUAGCCUGUCUUUAGUUAAUGUUCACAAGAGCUUGAGGUGCUUGCUGCUGUUUUGGUGGUGUCUUACAUCAGUAAGACCCAGUUAGGUGGUGAUGUUUAAUUCCUCUACAUACUUGUUAUUUUCUGUGUGUGUGUGUGUGUACAUUCUAGUUGUUUCACUGAGAGGGAUGGUAAAACCUCUAAAGUUGUGUUAGUUUGUCUCAGUUGUCUUUGCAUUGUGUAUUUUGAAGCUAUUAAGUGUAUGUAAAUUUAGGAUUAUGUCUUCUCAGUGAACUGGACCUUUCAUCACUAAGAAAUGGUCUGAUACUAAUACAGCCACUCCAGCUUUCUUUUAGUUACUUGUUCACAUGUAUCUUUUCCCCUUUCUUUUAAUCUAGAGAUAGCAUUUGAGUUGAAUUUCUUGUGGACACCAUGUAGCUUUUUUUUUAAAUCUAAGUAGUCUCUCUCUUGCUGGUUACUUAGACCAUAUUUAUAUUUAGCGUAAUUAUUGAGAUGUUUAGAUAUAGUUCUGCCUCCCACAUGCUGGGGCCCCCCACCCAUUUACCUCUACUGUUGCCUUUAGUGUUUGAAUUUUUUUUAGUCCUGAGGAUUGAACCCAUGACCUUUGCACUUAGCUGUAUAUUUCCCACACCCACCACCCACCUGCCUGCCCUUUUUGAGACCAGGUCUCACUAAGUCGCCCAAGUGGGACUGGGACUUUUGAUCCUCUUGCCUCAGCUUGCCUUAGUGCUAUUACAGGCAUGUGCCACUGUGCCUGGCUACUCUGAACAUUUUUUAUUCCACUGUAACUGAUCUACUGCAAUAGUAGACUUAAUUACUUGUAAAAGCUUUUUAAUGGUUGCUCUAGGAAAGGGUGUUUUAAUUAUUAAAUAUCCAAAAAUGAGCAUUUUCUUUUUUCAACUGCUAUACUUUCACCUGUUGCCAGUUUCUUAUACAAACAUUGUAAAUGUUCUUGUUUAGGUAGUUCAGCUUCUGGAGUUGAGGGAAUUUCAAAAUCAGAGGAGCUAUGUGAAUCUGGGUAUGUGCUAUGAUUUGGCAACCUUUUUUCCUCAGGUAUGUGUUCCUCCAUACUGGGAACUAUAGUGAUGUCUUGAUCUCUGCUUUUCACAUCACUGGAAAUAGCCUUUGAGCAAAGUACAUUUUGUUCCAUCUGAGAGGCAGGGAUACUGUCCUUGGCCUUUGGUCUGUGGGCACCUUUGUUCAAAAAGGCACUAUCCCCAGUUCUGUCCUGUGAAGAUAACAGAACAGUAUCAGACUGGCUGUCCCAACCUUGACUUCCUUGUUCUGUUAUGUGUGUUGACUGAGAAGAAUUCUGGGAAGAGAUGUGGGUUGAUUCUCCAUCGGAGUCACUGAAAAGCUGGGGUGACUGAGAUCUCCCUGUCUCUGUGGAAGAAGGAAAGUUUUCCAAACCCUCGCCGGUAACGUCACUGCUUCUUUUAAAGAACACUUCCCACUGGGGCACAUCUGCAUCCGCCUUUUGCUGGGGAAGUGUCACAGGGUCCAGAUCCUGCAGUGAUUCUGGGACUUCUGGCUCUUCUUCACUUUCACUAUUGGAUUCUUCACAGUCUAUGAAGUUGGCCAGAAGAGAGCUUUGCAUACUCUCCAAUUCACAGCAUCCUGUGCUUUGUCUCAGUUUUUCAGGCUGGUUUUGUUGUACUGCAGUCAGCAAGAUAACGUCAGGAUGAAGAGUAACCUGGUAUGGCAGCUUGUGCCUUAAAGGUACUGGCAGAGGGUCAUCAAAAAGGUCAUCCUCCUCUGUGAGACAGACAAAACAGAUUUUAUGGAAAACAAGGCAAAGGAAGUCAUUUUAAUUUGUAGUGUUUACCUACAUUUUUUGAUUCUUGGAAUUGCAAAGAAUGAAGGGGCUACCCUUGUUUUGCUUUUUUUGUUUUUGUUUUUUUGAGACAGGGUCUUUUUAUGUGGUUCAGGCUGGCCUUGAAUUCACUAUAUAGCCAGACUGACCUCAAAAUCUUGGCAACUGUCCUGCCUCCGCCUUCUUAGUGCUGGUAUUAUAGUCACGCACCACAACACCAGGCAGGGAGGCCACUCUACAAAGAGAAAUUAAAAGGCCUUUAAUUCUUGGGAUAGUCUGAACAGUCUCCAACUUUCUGGCAUUUUUAUAAUGCCACACUAUCAGUUGAGAAUAUAGCUCAAUGAAAACCUUAAAUACAGUUUUUUGUAUCUCAUUCCAGAAUAUUUCUGGAGAACCACAUAAUUUUCAUUCUGCUCAUCACCUGAGUUUCCAAACACUGUGUUCUGCAAAUAGUAAGUGCUGGUAGGUUGGCUGACUUUGUGGGUAUUUCAUACAACAGGCUGUGAUAGAUCCUGGGAGAAACACACACAGGAUAAAUCAACUUUAACCAGAAUACUGAAUAAGCCACAUUAAAUGUCAAGAACUAAGUCAACAAAAUUGAUUUUCCUGAAUACAAACCCAGUCCACUUAAAUUUUGAAAUGAGGAAUUUUUACUUGGCUAGCGAAAUUCUCAUAAAUGUAAGGCAUGGAAUCGGUGAGAACAAGUUUUUUUCCACUUUUAACAACACUUAACCCUAGGAAGAAAAUUUAAUGCUAUGACAACUGCUAUAUAUGUCAGCUUGUCUACUGUUGAAUCUGUUAAAUUAUAAUGACCUUCUCAGUGAUAAAGGAUGAAGCUAAGCACUGCAUUUUAAUGGACCUUAAAGACCAUCAUCCAACUCCCACUUUACUGUGAGAGACAGGCCCAGAAAAAGUAUGCCAGUACACAGGCCAAAUCUAACUCUGAAAGGCCACUGUUCUGUUAGGGUUUAUAAUUGAUUUUAACAUUCAUUCCUAAAGGAUUUAAGGUGACUAAUAUGUCUAGUUAAUAUGUUUGGAAUCCUCCUACUGUCCAAGAUAGGGCUUUAUUUUAAACCGUGUAUUAUGUUGUUUUAGCUAUGCCACUAGUAUACCAAAGUCACAUUUUUAGAAAAUGUUUUUGUAUUGCCUCUUUUCUAUUUCCAGAUCUGUGACUAUGCCAGUGGCAUGUUUCAAUUGUAAUCCUUUGUCAGAACAGAACAUUUUUUACAUCUGCUUACUUGUACAUAUCUUAAAAAACAGUUUCUAUACUUGGAAGUUUACUGUGUCAUUACAGACUGUUCUGUUUUGAUUGUAUAGCAUUAAAACUAUGAAAACAGGCAUAUAACAUUGUGAAAAGUAUCACAAUAUAAAAGGGCUGAAAUCUUUGAGACUUACGCUGAUAAUUAAAACACCAAGACUCAAUGCAAAAAGGAUAGAUGUCAUAAAUAAC